GUGGGGCCGGGUGCAGAUGGCGGACGCUGAGGCUGAGGCGGCUCCGCGGCCCGAGAUGCAGCGGCUGGUGGCGGCGCUCCGAGCCCGCCUCUGGCAGCUGCAGACGGAGCUGCGGGAGCAGGAAGUGUCGGAGGCUUCGUCCCGGGCGUACUGUCGGGGCUUCUGCCAGACACUACUUCAGUAUGCUGGCAGUCGGGGUGCAUCGGAACAUAUUUUACCUUUUUUGGAAGUAUAUCGAAUCUCCAUCCAAUGCUUUGCUAAUGCACGACCUUACUUGACUACAGAAUGUGAAGAUGUUCUUUUGGUACUUGGCAGGCUAGUGCUGAGUUGUUUUGAGCUACUGCUUUCAAUUCCUGAAAGUGAAUUGCCGCAUGAGGUGUGGUUAGAAUUCCAUCAGUCCAUACAGGAUUCACAUGAUGCUUUACUGGAAUUUGGAAAUAACAACCUCCAAGUAUUGGUGGAUAUCACAAGGGAAGGAGUAUGGAAAAAUCCAGUUCUUCUUAAAAUUCUAUCCCAGCAACCAGUAGAAACUGAGGAAGCUAAUAAAUUGAUUACGCGAGAAGGGCCUUCCUUUCUGCAGAUGCGAAUAAAACAUUUGAUGAAGUCAAACUGCAUCCCACAAGCUACUUUCUUGUCAAAAUUGUGUGCAGACUCUACAGAAAUUGCAAAUGUUUCAUCUUUUCGUCAAGCCUACAUCACAUGUGUGUGUUCUAUGCUGCCUAAUGAAGACUCCAUUAAGGAGAUUGCAAAGGUGGAUUGCAAAGAAGUACUGGACAUUAUAUGUAAUCUGGAAUCUGAAGGACAAGAAAACACCGCGUUUAUUCUUUGUACAACAUACCUUACUCAUCAGCUUCAAACAGCUAACGUGUAUUGCUCUUGGGAACUGACACUUUUCUGGAGCAAAUUGCAGAGAAGAAUAGAUCCUUCUUUGGAUUCCUUUUUGGAGAGAUGUCGUCAGUUUGGCAUCAUUGCCAAGACGCUACAGCAUUUAUUUUUCUUGAUAAGAGUCAUACAAUCUGAAGCAGAAGAAGCAGGACUUGCUGUGUCUGUUUUGUUAUGUGUGAGAGCCCUUCAGAUCAGAUCAAACGGAAGCGAUGAAAUGAAGACAUCAGUAUGUAAAACAAUUGCAUGCCUUUUACCAGAAGACCUUGAAGUUAGAAGAGCUUGUCAGCUCACAGAAUUUUUACUUGAGCCAACUUUGAGUGGAUUUAACGUGUUGGAAGAGCUCUAUAUGCAACCAGAUCAAAAAUUUGAUGAAGAAAAUGCACUAGUUCCAAAUUCACUCCGUUGUGAGCUGCUGUUAGCUUUAAAAGCAUAUUGGCCAUUUGAUCCUGAAUUUUGGGACUGGAAGACUUUAAAGCGACAUUGCCUUAAACUAUUAGGAAAAGUAGCUUCUGAUUCUGAGGAUGAUGUAAGUUGUAAUAUGUCAGUCAAUGAAACUGACAUGUUAGAAACUUUCUUUAGUGAUUAUGAUGAGGCAAAAGAACAUAAAUAUUAUGAUGGAAAAGACAUAAUAAACCACCCAAAAGAAAAAGGAAGAGUAAAAAAACCAAUUGGUUCUUCAGAAAGAUACCAGAGAUGGCUUCAAUACAAAUUUUUUUGUGUGCUCUGCAAAAGGGAGUGUAUAGAGGCUAGAAUACUGCAUCAUUCUAAGAUGCAUAUGGAAGAUGGCGUAUAUACGUGUCCAGUGUGUACAAAAAAGUUCAAGAGAAAGGAAUUUUUUGUACCACAUGUAAUGGAACAUGUUAAAAUGCCACCUAGUAGAACACACAGACCUAAAAAGAAAAUAAUACUGAAGAAAGAGAGAUCACCACAAAAGACAACAGCAUCCAGCAGCCCACCUCCAGCGUUUCAGGAAAAGUCACAUCAGCCACAGCUGCCUGAAGACUUUGAAAAUGACACACAAGAAUAUGUCACAUUUAGCCAACUGGAAAAUUGCCAGCUACAAGACAGAGACAUCUAUCCAUGUCCCGGAACAGAUUGUUCUAGAGUAUUUAAACAGUUUAAAUACUUAAGUGUGCAUCUGAAAGCUGAACAUCAAAACAAUGAUGAGAAUGCAAAACACUACUUGGAUAUGAAAAACAGGAGAGAGAAGUGUGCUUUCUGUCGCCGACACUUCAUGACAUCCUUUCAUUUGCGAGAGCAUGAACGCGUGCACUGUGGACCUCAGCCGUACAUGUGUGUGUCAAUGGAUUGUUACGCUAGGUUUGGGUCAGUUAAUGAGCUUCUCAAUCACAAACAAACACAUGACGAUCUUCGUUAUAAAUGUGAGCUAAAUGGCUGUAAUAUUGUUUUCAGUGAUUUAGGGCAACUCUACCAUCAUGAGGCACAGCACUUCAGAGAUGCAUCAUACACCUGCAACUUCUUUGGUUGCAAAAAGUUUUAUUAUUCAAAAACUGAAUUUCAGAAUCACCUUGCAGUGCAUAAUAUUGAAGUCUCAAAUGGGGAAGUGAAGCAAACGCUAAAACUUGAACAGUCAGUUUCAAAAGACAAAUGCAGUUAUCUGCCAGAAUCUCAGCUGCUUGAACAAUCUGAAAAUUCCAAUCUGAAUGAUAACUUGGAUCCUUCAGGCUCUCAGGAAGUUCCACAGAUAAAGGAAGAGGCUCUCUCUGACAGUGAAGAUCUAGACAGUGAAAGUAAUUGCAGUCUUCAUUGUGGGGACCACAGUGCAGAUGCGGCAGUAAACCAAGGCCAGGUGUCUCCCCUACUGAUUGAAACAAUGGCUCACAAUCAAUCAGCGCCAGGAUUUCUCAUGUCCCAGGAAGGAGUCUUCCCAGCAGAUGUGAAACAACAGGGUUCUAAUAUGCCAGUUUGCUUUGAUGACAAAAAACUAUCCUGUGGUUUUGAAGGCUGCUGUUCUAUACACAAAAAUUCCAGAAGUAUGCAAAAACACCUUCGCAGGGCCCAUCCAUAUAACUUUAAGGGUAAAAAAAGUACAGAGAUGAAAACGAAAGACUUUCUCGAUCUUUUGAGUGAUGCUCAGGACAGUAAAUCCCCUACAGACAUUAGUACAGAAUUAGGUCAUAAUUCAGAUACAAAUGCUGAUUCUCCAGAAAGCUUGUAUUGUAGUAUAGAUGCUAAAGGAAGCAGUGGCCUGAAGGAAGAAACUUGUCCUUCUUCCCCAGAAACAUCUUUUUAUGACAGUACUAAAGAAUCAAAUAUUGAAGAUAACAUGUUGGAAUUAAUGUUAGGCUUGAAACACCUAAGCUUAAAAAAUUCUAACAUUCAGAAUUCUUCAAGACACAAGCCUUUUCUGGGCUCUUUACAGUCCUAUUCAUCUAGGGAUGCCAACUGCCCUGAGUCAGUAGAAGAAACUACCUCAAAAUCUCAGCUUCAAGAGCAACAGGAUAGUUUACCCAGCCAGUACCUUACUCAACUUGCAGCUAAACCAUUUUUCUGUGAAUGUCACGGAUGCACAUGUGAGUUUGUGACCAGAGAAGCUCUCCUAAUGCAUUAUGUUAGAAAGCAUAACUAUUCAAAGGAAAUGGUUCUUCAGUUAAAUAUGUUUCAGCAUCGGUACUCACCGUUUAAGUGUCAUAUUUGCCAAAGAUCUUUUACAAGAAAAACACACCUGAGAAUUCACUAUAGAAACAAACAUCAAAUUGGCUGUGAGAGGGCAGCUCACAAGGUUUGUUCUAAUGAAAGAUUUGAUCAUGCAGGUUUAUGUACAGAUGACAUGCAUAAAAAUAGCACUGUUCCCACACCUGUCUCUGCAACCAACGUGGAGUAUGUUGAACGUUCAGACCACUCUGAACAGCUCUGUCAUCCUAAAAAGGGAGACUGCAGUUCUGAGACGGAUUUGGAGUCCAGUGAAGAGAUAGACAAUAAUCUAACAAGAAAAACAUCUAACCUGGCUUCCCUGGAGAGUCAUAGGGAAGAACUGGAAGCAAGACAGGGAAGAGGAAGCAAAAGAACAGUUGCUAAAGGAAACUUAUGUUAUAUAUUGCAUAAGUACCACAAACCAUUUCAUUGUAUCCAUAAAAGUUGCAACUCAGCAUUUACCAACCAGAAAGGUUUGAUUCGCCAUUAUAGAACCGUUCACCAGUAUAAUAAGGAACAGCUCUGCUUAGAAAAAGACAAAGCAAGAACAAAAAGGGAACUAGUCAAAUGUAAAAAAAUAUUUGCAUGCAAAUACAAAGAGUGUGGUAAGCGUUUUUUAUGUUCUAAAGCUCUUGCUAAGCAUAGUAGUGACUUCCACAAUGAACACAUAGAGGAUCAAAAACUGCUUUCUGAAGCUGAAUCUGCAAGAUUUGCUUGUAACCAACCCCACUGCCCUGCUGUAUUUUAUACUUUCAAUAAGCUUAAACAGCACCUAAUAGAAGAACACGCCAAUGAAGAAAAAUUAAACAAAGAUUUUGAAAUCCAUUGUGACCUUAAUGGCUGUGAUAGAAUUUUCACAAAUUACAGUCACUACUCUCAACAUGUGUAUUUCCGACAUAGUGAAUAUUAUGAUAGUCUCUUUGGAAAUCAGAGAGAGGAGGAAGAUAAUCAAGAUACAGAUAAAAAUGAACAAAGUUAUUUGAAAGACAGUUUUGAGAUAAGCAAGCAGAAUGGGAAGCAGUUAAAAGAAAAAUCUAAAAGAAUUAGCAGAAGUAGAGAAAAACAUUUGAUGAAUUUCAAAACAAAAGAGGAAGCCCUACAAAUGUGCAAAGAGAAGUCUAACGAGACUCAGUACCCGUGCAUGGUUCAGGGAUGUUUGUCUGUUGUCAAGUUGGAAAGCAGCAUAGUGAGGCACUAUAAGCGCACACAUCAGAUGACCAAUAUGUACAUAGAGCAACGGAUUCAGAAACUUGUUGUUUGUGUUAAAUGUGGCAUCAUGAUUGAAAAACAGUCCUGCUCUGAAACAGCUUCAGACUUGGAUAAAAAAGGUGUAAAAGUUAAAGAGGAUAAAUCAGCUAAUCCUGAUAAUGUGCAGGAAAGUGGAAAACCUCUUGUUCCAAACACUGACUGUGGCCCUCAAGAUGUAAGCAAUGAAGACCAAAAAAAAUGUCCAUCGAGUAGUGUGGGUUUUGAUGCGAGUGCCUUUAUGUAUUCAGGCACUUUAAAAUAUAACCACAGUUCAAAGAACACCUGUUUUGAAGAGCAUAACAUCAGGGAGUCAGUUACACAUAAAAGUGAAGAUUUUUCUGAAAAUAGUGAAAGAGAGAAUAGCUCUUAUUUCUCCAGUUUGCAAUUAGAGCUGCCAAGAGAGAAAGAUGCAGAAGGAUGUCAACGUAGUGCAGUUAAUCAAAAUGCAAAAAGAAAUGUACUCUGUGCUACAAAAGACAGAAUUCAGAAGCCCCCAGUGUCCAAACCUUUUGAUUUAAAGACAUACAAACCGAUGGGAUUUGAGUCUUCAUUUCUAAAAUUUAUUCAGGAAAGUGAGGGAAAAGAUGACGAUGAUGAUGAUUUUGAUGAGGCAGUAGAAUGGGAGUCUCCUGAGCAGUUGCCAGUAGAUAAGACCUCUCAAAAAGAGGGAGACAGUCAAGGGGAUAUACCGGUAAACAACUUUGUAAAUGAUGAAAAUGUAAUCAUACCCCAAAAUAAUCACAGGCAACUAACAGAAAUCCAGCCCUUGUUGUCAGAGUCAUCAUCUGCCCCUUCAUUAGAAAAUUUGAGGGCAAUCUUGGACAAGGCACUAACGGGCUGUGGAGACCUUGCCUUAAAACAGCUUCAUUACUUAAGACCAGUAGUUGUUCUUGAAAGAUCCAAGUUUUCUACACCCCUCAUAGACUUAUUUCCCACAAAAAAGGGAGAUGAGCUUUGUGUAGGAAGUACGUAAGUAGUUUUGCUUAGAGCAGAUCGCCUCCACUACUGCUAUAUGGGGAGAACUUCAAAUUAGAACAAUAAUUGUUACAGUACACACUGUUUAGAUUAGUUUAGACUGUUUAAUUCCAUGAAUGUAUAAUAGCUGUCAAAAGUAUUGGCCAAGUUAAUUUAGCUCCCCAAUUUUUUUUCAAUGGACUAUGCUGAUUUUGGUGCUAUUUAAUACAUCGAAUACUGGGGGCUUCCUCUUGAAGAGUAAAUGUGCAUGAUUGUAUAUGGAACCAGUACUAGGGUACCAGGGUUUGGGGGGCGAUGGAGUUAUUACUUGACUUGAAUGUGCACCCUAGGGUGCUUUGUGUAACAUAUUGUACACUACAGCAUCUUAUAUUUUUUGAGUUAUGAGUUUCAAUAAAUUACAGUUUUUCACCCAUUUGUUUACUUUACAGUAAAUCUUUAAUGUGCUUUACUUGUAACUGAAUUUGGGACCAUUCUGAGUGCAUUGGACAAUGUUGCUUAAGUUUUAUGCAUUUGUAGAUAAUUUAUCAGACUGAAACAAUAUAGAUACAGAAAAGUAAAGUAUUACAUUUUAUUUUAUAAUAUUCUCUGUGCUUUUUUCAGACUUGAAAGAAUUAGUUAGUACAGGCAGAAAACACUUGCCACUUAGAGAUGAGAAAGGCCUAGUUACCUUUCCCUUUACAGGAAGAAGAGGCUUCUGACAGGGAAGGUACAGCAUAAGUGUUUGAAGAGCGUCACCAGACUUCCAAGAGAGCUGUGUGACACUAAAGUAUGGGUGCACAUUUUGGGUUCCCUAGUUAGCUUUUUGGAUAAUUAAUAAAACCUAGCUGUAAGAUUCACCAGAGGAGUAAUCUAAUAUUUUAAGAUCUAUUUCUUGUUCUUCUGUGUCUUGUUCCUUGUUCUAUUUCUGGAGGCCCAGGAUCUGUUUCCCCUGUAGGUGGGAUUUCCCAAUCUCCAUGAAGAUGCUAAUGAGCAAGCAGCAAUCACAGCUUCUUAUUCACUGAAUAAGAAGGGUUUUGUUUUGGCUUGGGUUUUGUUGGACUGUUUGGUGUUUUAUAGUGUGAUCUGAAAAGUAGCAGUAGAAAGGAAAUGGAGAAAACUUUGGGAAAUGUUGUUUAAAACAAACCAUGAAUAUCGGCUAGGUGCAGGAAUGAAGGCAGCUAUCUAAAAAACUAUCUGGAGAAUGGUUAUGACCAAAACUAGGCAAAAAUGGCAUCUUCAUACUACACUUAUAAAAGUUAUUUGGGCAUCAUUAAAAUAAAAGUUAGAUUAAAAGUCAUACGCCGAGCAGGAGAAGUAGUUUAUUACUUCUCUUCUGCCAUUUCCUUUCUCUAAGCUCUAAGCUUCUUGCAAUGAAAGGAAUAUCGUGCGUGAAUAUUCUCACUAGCUUUUAAAAAUGGAAGUAAGUUAAGGUCAAAAAGUUAAAUACUGCCACGGGGUCAAGCACCUGAAGUGUGUUCCAAAGUGAUUUUUGUCUCUUUAAAAAAAGAAAAAGUCUACUUUUUAAUGUCGAGCUUGUGUCAUGUUCAAACAAGACUCAAAACAGGAAAAGAGAUUAACUGCAAACUUAAUAAACAUGAUGGCUGUUUCAGAUAAUGUGCCUUGAGAGAUACCAGUACACUACUGGGUUUUUUGAGAAUCACACAAAGCAGUCUGUCCGCUUCAAUGCCAAGAGAAACAAAACUGGACAGCAUGAAUAGUAAAUUCAUUAAGGUUUUGACUCUUCAGUUUUGGGUCAAGCAGCUGUAUUUCCACUAGAUAACCAGAUCUUCAAAUAUGACAGUAUUAAAGAACUCGAGCAUUUAAAAUACUUACUUUGAAUGAGAGAAAUUAGACAAGAAUGUAGGAAUGAAAUAAGAUGGAGAGUACAUGUGUGCCACAGAGCAGAGAAGUGAGGAGACAAAGGCAACAUCCAAGCUUUUGCUUUGUGUAGUCCUAAAAAUGUGCCAGAUCUUUUUUAAAAGGAGUUAUGAUGUAAUUGAUGGCUUCCUACAACUUCAAAUGCUGCAAGUACAGUCAGGAAAAUGGAAAUCAUUAAAUGCAAACCUGAUACUUAUGUGAUAAAUUAGCUGAGUCAUGAGAGACUAGUAAAGAACUUUCUACAUGGGGAAUAGCAGAGAGAAAUGGAUUCUACCAAAGCAAGUAUCUUGAGGCUUAAAAGGUAGGAGACAAUUUUGUGGUGACUCCUCAGGCUUGCUGAGGCCUCUUUGAAGGUAACAAAUCUGUAUGUUUCUGAGACAAUUGCAUCAUGUCUGACACUGACUGCCAGUUCCAUCCAUGAGUGGAGACUGAUGAAAAUCUACUCUGUGCAAGCACCUGAAGUUGUCUUGUUACAGAAGCCAUAAACUGGAAGAAAAUUUAAAAGUUUAAGACUCGUUUAGAUGCAGUGUUGGGGGAUAUGGUGUAGGGGAGAACUUUGUAGAGUAGCGUUGAUGGUUUGACUCGAUGAUCCCAAGGGUCUUUUCCACCUGAAUGAUUCUAUAAGUUAAAAAUGGGGUUUAUUUCCAAGGUGAUGCUUUAUGAUGUAGAUAAAGCUUUUGGUAAAUGAGGUAUUUAAGGUGGUAUGUUGCAAAUAAUGUAAUCUUGCAGAUACUUUUUUUUAUAGUAGCUUUGGAAAACUUACACUGUCUUUGCAAGCCUGACGGCAUCUAAACACAGACUUCUUGCUUUCCAUUUUCAUUGGUUUAGUUGACAGUUGCUUAGCUGACAGGUGGAAAUCUGUUUAACUGGGGGAACAGUUCAGUGUGAUCUUUUUACGUGUCUUUUAUGUACUUUUCAGAAAAGUUUGCAUUUAUUCUUUUAGACUUCAUUCAUACAUCAUUCACUAGACCUUCCUCUGAUGAAUACUUGACGUUCUUGGAGAAUAGAGACAUUAUUCCAUUUAGAAAUGCUGCCAAUGGUACAGCUGCAACUGCAGAUCUGAGCUUCUCACACCCCCACACUCCCCCCAUUGCCCCUGCCGUAUUUUGCACGUAUUAAGAUUUGCAUGUGGAUAAGAUUUCACUUUAAGUCCCUGAUCAUAUUGUUCCCUUUCUUUUUACACUUGACCGAUAUUCAGGUUUGAUUGUACUUAAAGAAAACAAAUUGAAGAAAGUUUAUUUCCUGUUGUUGCCCCUUGGAGUCAGCACCAAUUAUUUUCUGCUCAAUAGGAAGCCUUGAUCGCUGAUUCCCAGUGAACAACUUCAUGGAGUUUGUGAAUUAAUACUUUUUAUAAUUUAAAAGAUUCUGGGGCCACGUAAGUUGUCCAGAAAUAAGGAACAAAAGAGUUUCUGCCUGGUGUAAGUGAAGCUUUUCCACAUAAAAGAUAAAAACUUUACCCGAGUUUGCCUGACUGCUGGAUAAAUUGCCACGUGAACGAAGGCUUAUUUCAAAUGUCCAUCUUCUCCGCUGUAAUUCACGGUGUGUCCAUCUCCUUGUUCUGACAGGAAUGUGGGAAUGGGUUUGCUUCUCAUUCACUGUCAAAAGCAGCAAUUUGGAUGCAGGUUGGCUGGAGGUACCGUGUGUUCUUGUAGUAUGACUGAUGAACAAAAUAAAAUACACAGUGGUGCAGCCUUGCCUCUCCCUUUGGGGCAUAGCUUCCUACUGCCUUCUGUCAAGCUCCCAAAUUAUGGUUCAUUUUAAAACUAUUACUCUGAAUGAGUUUGUAUAUUUGUAAUUUUUUAUAUACUGUUCGUAUAAGCUCUGCUGCAAACUUGCCACCAAAGACCUCUAUAAAAUGAUAGAUUACCUUUAUACCAUCCUACUGUGUUUAAGUUGUGUAUUAAAGUUGUUCAGCUUUCCUAUUAAAAAAAUUAAUCCUG